UUUUUGUUUUGCAUCGCUUCCCAAUUUGCAUUCAAUGUUUUUUUUUCCCCCAGCGCCACGCUCCAGUCCCCGUGAGCUUGGCGCGCGCGCUGACACACACACACACACACCCACCCACACAUACACACACACGCGCGCGCGCACACACCUCCGCCGAAACGGCCGCUCUCACUCUCAACGAGUUUCCGCGUUCGGAAAACCCUCAGGGGGGAAAAGCAGAAUAAUCUGACAGCCUAACUUUGUUGGAAAAUAAAUAAAUAAAUAAACAGGACGGGGCCAAUUUUCUCGUGUAUCUUUUUUUUUUAUUAGCCCCGUGUACGGGGGCGUCUACACCGCUCGCGGAAAGACAAAAGAGCGCGCGCGAGAGAGAGAGCGAGAGAGAGAGAGAAGGCGAGAGAGAAGGAGAGCGCGAGCUAAAGAAGGCUGUACGGUCGCGACGCGGAAAAGGCUCGCCGCCGAGCGCACGCGCGCGCGUGUGUGUGUGUGUGCGUGCGCGUGUUUUUUUUGUCCUCGCUCGCGAAGAGAAAGAGAGGAGGGAGGGUUAAACGGAACGGCAGCUGCGGUUUGCGCGCCUGGCUUCGUGCUUUCAGCAUGUCGGAGGUGCUGCCAUACAGCGAGGAGAAAAUGGCUCAUUACGGGAACGACGGCGACGACGAGGAUCACCUCUCGUUCACCUGUCGCCUGCAGGACACCAACAACUUCUUCAGCGGCAACCAGAACAAACGACCACCCAAGCUUGGUCAGAUUGGGAGAAGCAAACGAGUCGAGGAGGACGGUGAUGCCGAGGCAAUGGAGAAGACGGCGGACAAGUCGUCCUCGUCUGCGUGAGCGGAUUCCAAAGACACUUGACCUUUGAUGUGUGUACCCAAAGACAUUGUAAAGAAGCACCCCCUCUCCCAUCCGGCAACCAAGCACGUCACACUAUCUUGCUCUCCGACACCCUCUUUCCAUCGAACAGGGAUGGCUGAUGGACAAUGCGGCGGGCAUGCAUGGGAAUCUGGACAAAAGGGGCCCAGGAAUGGGAAGGGAAUACUGUGUUUUCCAAACUUCAUUCGAGCUAUGUGCAAUGAGGGGGGCAUUGCUUUGUUAACCGAGGCCGGCCCGUCCUACCGGGAUGUAAUGAAGCAAUUAGAGUGACUGAGCAAAUUGUACCAUUAACAUCGAACCAGUAUCUUCUUCCCCAAGCUGUAGUUCAAGGCUUAGCUGAGUCGCUGGCUGAUGAUGUUAAUGGUAAAAUAGCAAUGUCAACUUCUCUUCCACGGUGAAUUUCAAAAGGAGAUUCACUAUGUAUUUAAGAUUUAAAAAAAGGCUAUUUAUUAAAUCUUUGGAUACCUUU